CAUGGCAGACACCGAGGAGAGAACCGGGGAAGCUAAUCCAGAAAUAAGUGGAGCAGAAUCGAGUGAAGAUGAGCUGGAUGUUCAGAAUGAGGAGCAAACAGACGAGCAGAAGAAGACGUUCAAAGAUCUGGGAGUAACAGAGGUGCUGUGUGAAGCGUGUGAUCAGUUAGGAUGGAAAUGUCCCACCAAGAUCCAGAUCGAGGCGAUUCCUGUCGCCCUGCAGGGGAGGGACGUGAUCGGCCUGGCGGAGACGGGUUCGGGUAAGACGGCCGCGUUCGCUCUGCCCAUCCUGCAGACUCUGCUGUCGUCUCCACAGCGCCUGCACACGCUGGUCCUCACGCCCACCAGAGAGCUGGCCUUCCAGAUCUCAGAGCAGUUCGAGGCUCUGGGCUCCAGCAUCGGGGUCAAGACAGCCGUUAUCGUUGGUGGGAUUGAUAUGAUGUCGCAGGCGUUGGUACUGGCAAAGAAACCUCAUGUAGUGGUCGCUACCCCCGGUAGGUUAAUUGAUCAUCUGGAGAACACCAAGGGAUUCAAUCUCCGAGCUCUGAAGUUCCUGGUGAUGGAUGAAGCAGAUCGAAUCCUGAACAUGGACUUUGAGUCUGAGGUAGAUAAGAUUUUGAAGGUGAUUCCCAGAGAGAGACACACCUUCCUGUUUUCUGCCACCAUGACGAAAAAGGUUCAGAAACUACAAAGAGCUGCGUUGAAGGAUCCAGUGAAAUGUGCCGUGUCCACCAAAUACGCCACAGUGGAGAAACUCCAGCAGUACUACGUAUUUAUCCCUGCUAAAUACAAGGACUGUUACUUGGUCUCCAUAUUAAACGAAUUAGCAGGAAACUCCUUCAUGGUUUUCUGCAGCACCUGUAACAACACACAGCGGGUGGCGCUCUUACUCCGGAACCUGGGCAUCACUGCCAUUCCACUGCACGGACAAAUGAGUCAGAAUAAGCGUCUAGGCUCUCUGAAUAAGUUCAAGUCAAAGUCGCGCUCUGUGCUGUUGGCGACUGACGUGGCGUCUCGUGGUUUGGACAUUCCUCACGUCGACUGUGUGAUCAACUUUGACAUUCCCACACACUCGAAGGACUACAUCCAUCGUGUGGGCAGAACAGCUCGAGCAGGACGAUCUGGAAAAUCCAUCACAUUCGUUACACAGUACGACGUUGAACUUUUCCAGCGUAUCGAAGCUUUGAUUGGGAAGAAACUUCCCGCGUUCCCAACACAAGAGGAGGAAGUGAUGAUGCUGGUGGAGCGAGUGAGCGAGGCGCAGAGAUUUGCUCGAAUCGAGAUGAAGGAACAAGGAGAAAAGAGAAAGAGGAGAGGUGGAGAGGAAGAAGGAGAUGAUGCUGAACAGUCCAGCGGUGUGCGCAAGAAAGUGAAGGGAGGAAAGUUUUCGUCAAGAGGCAGGGGAGGCGGCUUCAAGAGGGGGCGCUAGACUCCCGCUCACUCCGAUCAGCCAUUCAUGUACAUAAAACUUUAUUAAGCUGCUGCCUCUGUCUUUUUGGAAUGAAAUGUUUGUAUCUCUUCUUACCUAUGAAAUGUAUCUGUUCAGUUUACAAUAAACUUACAAAUAACACCGUGUAACCCAAC